AUGGCAGGCCCGGAAAGAUACCCAAAAGCCCAGGCGUCCGACGCUCCCACACUCCCAUCAAAGGAUCCAUUCUACACGCCAGAAGCUGCAGACUGGGCUGACAGAGAGCUCGGCGAAGUUCUCGAUUCUCGCCAGGUAAACAUCGAUAUCUCUGCUAUACCCGCCAUUGGCGAAUAUGAGGCCUUCCAACUGCUCUACGUUACCUCGGAUCUCAACAAAGAAAAGACGACAUCCGUUACUACCAUCGUUGUCCCGCAGGGAGCCAACAUGAGUCGCAUUCUGUCCUACCAAAUUGCCUACGAUGCACCAGAUGUCAACUGCUCUCCUUCGUACGGGCUACAGCCGGGCGCCAAUGCGGCUGCGACGCCGUUUACUCGCGACCAAAUGAAUUUGAUAGCCGGCAUUCUGGAAGAUGACGGACCACCACCGGUGCUGAAUAUGGCCGACUAUGAAGGAUCAAAUGCCCCCUUCACCGUGGGGCCUCAGAGCGCUUACCAGACCCUGGAUUCGAUCCGUGCCGCGACAGACUCUGGAAAUAUCACGGGGAUUGACCCCGCUGCCGAAACUGUCUUGUUUGGAUACUCCGGCGGCGGUUACGCCUCUGAAUGGGCUGUCGAGCUGCAUCAAACAUACCAGGAAAACCCCGUUAAUAUUAUUGGCGCGGCGAUUGGCGGACCCCCGACGAACAUCAUACAAACCUACAAGAAUGUGAAUACGAAGUAUUCACCCUUGAAUGUUUGGGCCAUGCUCGGCGUGAUGAACGCAAUACCCGAAAUCAACAAGACCAUGGACGAAGAUCUCAGACAAGCGCAUAAGACGCAAUUCCUCAGCCGCCGCCAGCGCUGUAGCGAGGUUGAGCUCCCGCCCAUGAAAACAUAUGCCAAUAUCAACUGGUGGUUUAAGCACGGGAACUCCUUCUUGACCACGUUCGAGCGCGAGCUUACAGAGAUUGGCGUCCUGGGAAACCACAUCACAGCAGAAACCGCUCCAAAAUUCCCUCUCUACAUCUUCCAGGGCGGAAUAGAUUUUGUCACUGCCCCGUAUAGUGACACUGUAGCCCUGAAGGACAAGUUUUGCGAGGCGGGCACCCCGGUGACGAUGUACAAGUGGAAGUUGAGGGACCACAUCCCUACCUCCAUCUGCGGUUCUCCAUGGGCCAUGCAGUGGAUCAGAAAGGUUUUCAAUCGCCAGGAGCUCGAGGAUAGCUGCAAUGGGCCUAUCAACGAGGUUCCGCUUUCGCUCUCGGGGAAAUGCCCUCCCCCUGUUUAG